CGCUGCUAUUACCACUUCCUAAAGUGCUGGUCACUGAGAAGACAACCGAAUCAUCAACGCCGACGACGACAAACGAUAUCGAAAGACUUAAGACGAUAAAGCGUGCCUUUUUACGCCUCCGAUCCUAUUCCAAGCCUUCGUCCCACGUCCUUCUAUCUAUCUAAACCACCCCCCCCCGGCGCAUCUUCCUCAACCUAACCCACGACACCACAAUGGCCUUCAACUACACGCUCCCGCUACGGAUCGCGCAAUCCAUCUUCGCGAUUCUCGUGCUCGCACUCAGCUCCUACGUGACAUCCUGGUGGAGCAACGCGUGGACGCACUGGACGCCGGCCUCGAUCAACUUCCUCAUCUUCUGCGGCGCGUGGUCCAUACUCGCGCUCGCCUACCUCCUCGUCGCGCCCGCCGCCUUCCCCAAAGCCGCGCACAAGCACGCCGUCCUCGCCGUCGAGGCGCUGACGACGCUGUUCUGGUUCGCGGGCUUCAUUGCGCUGGCCGUGUGGCUGUCGGAGCGGGGGUGCUGGGGUGGGGGCGUGUGCGCGGCGGCGCAGGCCGCCGAGGUGUUUGCUGCUUUUGAGUGGGCCCUCUUCAUGGCCACCUGCGUCAUGGCUGCCCUGCACGCCUGGCGUACCCGCGGCACCAACAACACGCGCUCCGCGCCCGAGAUGCGCGUCCACGUGCACGCUGGCGCCGUCUAAGUCUAAACCGCCCGACUACUCCUGUAAAAAUCUGCCGUUUUUCUUUUUUGGUCUUGUUGGUGGUGGUGAUG